UCUUGAAUCUUGCGUAGGGGCAAAGGGUAGUGACAUUUUUCCCGAACGGAGACACUCUCCAUCUCGGGCAGAACGUCACCGUCACCCGGAAAAUGUUUCCUACUUUGCAAAGGCUGAUCGACCACCUAAACCACAAAAUCCGCCUCAUAACCGGCUCCAUCCACAAACUCUACACCCUCUCCGGCGAACGCAUCACCACCAUCGACGCCCUCGAGCACCAGCACGGCUACGUCGUCGUCGCGAAAGACGACCCCUUCAUUCGCGCACAGUAUAACCUGAACGCGAUUGUGCCGUUGGAGCAUCCGGAAAGAAGUGUGGCUGGGAGUGCGGCGGUGAAGAAGAUUAGGAGACGGAAGGGUGAGGAGGGAAGUGCGGGGGGCAGUCGGGUUGGGAGUGAGAAGGGUGAACGAAAGGUGAAGAGGAGGAAGAAGAAGGUGAAGGCGAAGGAAGGCCAUAUUGAGGAGGAGGAGCAUCAACAUGAGCCGGUGCAUGAAGAGGGACAUGCAAAGUCGCCACAACAACAUAGGGAGGAGGAUCACCCACCGGCUGAACGUAAGAUCGUGUACACAAAACCGACCAUCAAACCAGCCGUCGCAGCCGCCCCCGUGGUUCCCGCACCGGCGCAUGCAGGCACUACCUUCCUCACUGAACCCGCACACCCACCGCAACCACAGUACUCCACCCGCGACCUCCCCAUCGUCGCCCCGCCUCCUGCGCCGCAGCAUGAACUGAAACCCACCGCCGAGCACCGCGACAUCAAAGAACAUGCGCACCACGCGGAUACGGAUGGAGAUGGGGAUGAACCACCCCCACAGGGCUUCUUCCGGCACCUUGGCCAGAAAGUCGACCAGAUGCUUGACGGCGACGACUCCCCAUCUCCCGUCCAUGGGGAGAAGAAAGCUCAGAAUCCCCAGGAUCGCAAACAUCGUAAGAAGCGACCCGAUACCGAUCAGGAAUACGACAGUGGUGACGAACCCCCUUCCUCGGACCAUGCGGAAAAAACAAAAACAACAACCAAGAGCACCCAAAAACUAAACACGACGCUCGCUAAAUCCCGCGACGAGAUCCGCGCGGACGCAACAGAGAGCGUACGUAAAUCCCGGGCGGCGUUGCGAUCCGGCGGGAGUGGGGGUGAUCACGAGUCUUCCACAACAACUCACACCACCACCGCCAAACUCGCCACUACCCGCAAACCCACGAAAACUGAGAGCAAGAGGCAUCAUAGGGCAUCUUCGGUCCCCUCCUCCGAUGGAGAGGAUAACAGGGAUAGCAGGAAGGAUGAGGUAGAAACCGACCCCGAACCAGAUGACGCAAACGAAGUCUACGGCGACUCGCAGCUGCGGGAGCUUAAAUCGACUACGGGGGGGAAGACUGUAAGGAGGGUGAGGAGGGUCAGGCGGAAGGGCGGGGAUGAUGAAGGCGAGGAGGAGGAGGAGGAGGGCGAAGAGGUGGAGGUGGGGCAGAGUGAGGGUGGUGGGAAGACCGGGAAAGUGACGACGACCCGAAAAAUCCGUGACGGUCGUCGACGCACUACCCGAAAACAGGGCGGUGGCGGUGCUUCCGACGACGACGACAACGAUGAAGAGGACGCUAGCGACACCGACCCCCGCACUCACGCCAAAUACACAACAACGACAACAACGCGCACGGAGACGAGUACACCUAACAGUAAACUCCCCGGCGCGGCAAAGGGCAAAAACGGGUUCCGGUUAUUCGGGGGGAAGAAGAACAAUAACGAAGGGAGCGGGGUUGAGAGUGGUGAUGAAGGGAGGAGUGUUGGGGGGAGUGAGUAUGAUGGGGAGGAGGGGCGGGGGAGUGAGGUGAAGGAGAAGACGGCGGCGGCGGGAUUGCCGGGGUUGCCGAGGAAGAAGAAUGUUCUGUAGAGGUGGGAUAUUCUGAAGGGAGUAGUUCCCCGUGAAGAAGGGGAAGUAGAUACAUGGACAGCAAACGAAUAUUUUAUUCUUUUUUAUACGAAAAGAUCUUUGAGGGGUGGUAUACAUCUGACACUACAUG